AUGAAACAUGGAGAAUCUGCGCAAGACUACCUCUCCAGGGUUUCAACAGUGGUGAGCAAGAUGAGAAGUCUUGGGGAACAAUGCUUAGACUCAACUCUGGUGGCAAAGUUAUUAAGAAGCUUGACUCCUAAAUUUGAUCACGUAGUUGCUGUAAUUGAAGAAUCCAAGGAUUUGUCAACAUUUAUAUUUGAUGAACUAAUGGGUUCAUUGCUAGCUCAUGAAGAAAGAUUGAAUCAAGAAGCAGAUAAAGAAGAAGAUGAUGGAGAAGACGAGUUCAAGCUCUUUAUGGCUGACCUUGAGCCCAAUGGAACCUCAAGUGAUAUUUGGUUUUUGAAUAGUGGAUGCUUUAACCAUAUGACAGGCAUACGUUCACUAUUCAAGGAGCUGGAUAAGGAAUAUAAGCUCAAGGUGAGACUCAGUGAUGACAAGCAAAUGGAAGUAGAAGGCAAAGGAACAAUUGCUAUCUGA